AGCGAAGUCUAUAUGUGGGUCGCUCUCAUAAUCACGUGCCUCUGAAAUUUCAAGCUCACAAAACCACAUUCAACAGAAUGGGAAAGGAUAUUUCAAGUCGAAGAUCAAAGAGGAAAUGACACGUUUCUUUAAGCUGCCGAGGUCUUGAUGGACGAUGCAUUUUGAUUUUGGUGGUAUCUGAGGCAUGAUUUGUUCUGUACUUGCUCCCGUCUUGGAUUUUUGGUGAAAUUCGGAAACUGGUUCCACGUCGAGGUUUUUGGUAUUCGAGGUUAUUCAAAUUGGAUUCCUCCUUUCAUCUUGAGCAUCUUGUUAGUUUUGUUUAUGUAUUCUGGGCCCAGACUGUGCAUAGAUAAUGAGAAAUUUUGUCAAUCCUUACCUUGGUUUUAUCGGUUUGUCUGCUGUUGAUUAGGGCUGCUUAACUCACUGUACUAAUAAGGCCCAAUCUUCCUCUAAUUUUUGGUUGAUAUCUUGAAUUUGGAUUUUAAUCCAAAGUUUGUCUUCCAAAGUUGCUUGCAGAAGUCUGUUUUAGCUUAUUUGGUUCAUACUGUUUCCAAAGAGUUUCAACUCAACGGAACCUCUUUACUCUUUUGGUUAUCAUAUCAUGGACUUUCCCUUUAGUUCUAAUGUCAAGGAUUUGUCCGAGAGAGUCGAAAGAGAUCCUGCACAAGAAAAUGAGCUAUGCAGUUCUGUUCUAAGGUACAUAAACCAGGUUUUAAUGGAAGACGAUGAUUUGGAAAACAAGGCCUUCAUGAUCCAGGACUCCACUCUUGAUGCUGCUGAGAAAUCUUUAUCUGAAAUACUCAUCCAGAAAUACCCUUCCUUUCCAAAUCAACAUCUUCCCAACGAGGAUACAAGCAGUAGCUCAGAUGAUAGCAUCACUAACAGUUUCAGUAAUUGCACUAACAGCCGUAUCAAUGCUUACAACUCAGCCGAAUCUGCCCAAAUUAGCAAUCUCCACAAGUAUAAUCCUUCUUUUAAUGGUAACUUCCAAACCAAUCCGAAAUCAUUCUUCCCUCCUACCUUUCGUGAUACUGUGCCUGAUUUAGCAAUUGGAGACGGUGGCAUUCUUGAUGUUGAGAAAAACAGAUUGACCCUUCAGCUUUGUAAGUCGAAGGAAAGGAUUUUGGAAGUGGUGGAAAAGGAUGAAGGGGAUUUCCAAGAGAGUUUGGUUAGGGGAAGGAAAAGUCUUCACCGAGAGGGGAGUGAUUUAGAAGAUGAAAUGAGAAGCAACAAGCAUUUCGCGGACUGUCCUCAUGAAUCUUUUUUGCGUGAGAUGUUUGCCAAGGUAUCGAUGUCAUGCGAUGGUAAUGAGGCAAACGAGGAGAAUAUGGAAUCACAGCAAAAUGAGAGUGCAAAAGGGUCUAAUGUCGUGUUGGCCUGCACUAGAAAAGGGGCUGCCAAAAGGGAAGCAGUAGAUAUGAGGAGUCUCCUGAUACAAUGUAUGGAAUCUGUGGCAAAUAAUGAUCACAGAAGAGCAAAUAGUCUAUUGAAGCAGAUAAGAUCUCGUUCUUCUCCUUCGGGCGACGGAUCCCAAAGGUUGGCACAUUACUUUUCUAACAGCCUCGAGGCACGCUUGUUGGGCACUGGAAGCCUACAAAACAAAGUCCUUUCUGGCGUUUCGGCCAUCAGUUUGUCGAAUGCUGAUGUGUUGAAAGCUCAUAAGCUCUGCCUUUCGUCGUUCCCCUUCAUGGAAACAUCAUAUUUCUUUUCAGCCCAAUCGAUCAUGGACCUAGCUCAGAAAGCAGAUGCUAUUCACAUUAUUCAUUUUGGUAUUGUUUAUGGGCUUCAUUGGCCUCCCCUUAUUCAGCGACUCUCGACAAGGCCUGGUGGCCCCCCUAAGCUUCGGAUCACAGGAAUCGACCUUCCUGUAGUGGGUUUCCGGCUCGGUUCUAGGGUGAAGGAAACAGGACGGCGGUUAGCAAAUUAUUGCAAGAGGUUUAGUGUUCCUUUCCAGUACAAUGGGUUUGAACAAAAUUGGGAAACUGUUAGUGUUGAGGAGUUGGGAAUUGAGAAAGGUGAGGUGCUUGUUGUCAACUGUUCGUUUCAGCUGAUGUACCUACUCGACGACACACUAAUGGAGCACAGUCCGCGCGAUGCUGUUCUGAGCUUAUUCAGGAGGAUUAAUCCGGAUAUGUUCAUCCAUUCGAUAGUCAAUGCAGCUUAUAAUUCCCCAUUUUUCAUCUCACGGUUCCGUGAGGCUUUAUUCCACUACUCUGCAUUGUUUGACAUGUUUGAGGCCAAUGUGCCGCGCGAAAAUGAGGAGAGGAUGUUGUUUGAGAGGGAAAUUUUGGGGAAUGAGAUUCUGGGUAUCAUCGCGUGCGAAGGAUUGGAGAGAGUUCGAAGGCCAGAGACAUACAAACAGUGGCAAAUUCGGACUCAGCGGGCCAGGUUCAAGCAACUUCCCCUGAGCCAAGGUAUCAUGAAGACAGUGAAAGCUAAGGUGAAAAACUGCUACCAUAAGGAUUUUUUUGUUGACGAGGCUAGUAAUUGGUUGUUAGAGGGAUGGAGGGGGAGAGUCUUUUAUGCUCUCUCCUGUUGGAAACCUACCUAGGAGUUCUUCAAUUUUGCUUGACAUUUCUUAGUAGAAAGGGGAUGAUUGGUUUUUUUAUGUACAUUUUAUGUUUAUCAGCCAGUAUUUAUGUUUAAAAAAGAUAAUUUUCAGCAUGGAAUAUUAGUUGAAAUUUCGCACUGCACAUCAA